UUGAACCAUCUCCUUCUCUUGAUAAUAUCUUUGUAAGUGUCAUACAUACAAUGACCACCUUUACUUACUCUUUGGCUUUGUGUUUCUUAGCUACCAUUUCCUUGUCUUCAGCUCAGUUAUCUUCAACCUUUUAUAGUACUUCUUGUCCUAAGGCUUUAUCCACCAUUCAAUCUGCUGUUAAUGCUGCUGUGAAUAAGGAAGCUCGCAUGGGCGCUUCUCUUCUUCGCCUUCAUUUCCAUGAUUGCUUUGUCAAUGGUUGUGAUGGUUCUGUUUUACUGGAUGAUACUUCCAACUUCACCGGAGAAAAGACUGCCGGACCUAAUCAGAACUCAUUGAGAGGGUUCGAUGUUAUCGACAAUAUUAAGACACAGGUCGAGAGUGUUUGCAAGCAAACUGUGUCGUGUGCUGAUAUCCUUGCAGUUGCUGCUCGUGAUUCUGUGGUUGCUUUGGGUGGUCCUACAUGGACUGUGCAACUUGGCCGGAGGGAUGCAAAAACUGCAAGCCUCAGCACCGCUAACAGUGACAUUCCAAGCCCGGCAUCCAGUCUUAGUACUCUUACUUCGGCUUUCUCUAAGAAAGGCCUUAGCACCACCGAUAUGGUUGCGCUCUCAGGUGCACAUACAAUAGGUCAAGCAAGAUGCACAACAUUUCGCACCCGGAUCUACAACGAGACCAACAUCAAUUCUUCAUUCAAGACAUCAUUACAAGGCAAAUGCCCAAGCUCCGGUGGAGAUAACAACCUCUCACCGCUUGACAUGUCAACACCAACGAGUUUCGAUAACUCUUACUACAAGAACUUGAUUAACUUGAAGGGACUACUUCACUCUGAUCAACAACUGUUUAACAAUGGGUCAACUGACUCUCAAGUGAACACUUACAGUUCCAAUGGUGCCAAGUUCAACAGUGAUUUCACAAGUGCAAUGGUGAAGAUGGGCAACAUAAGUCCUUUGACUGGGAGCAAUGGGGAGAUCAGGACCAAUUGCAGGAAGAUCAACUAGUUUAAGUUACAUGGUUGCAUGUUGAAGAAUGUUCAACCUUUUUUCUAGUGUUUUGUGUCAAACUUAUCUGUAUCCUCUAUCAUGCUCUUAAUGCAACUCAAAUAAGUCAAUCAUUUCAAA